AUGAACAAAUCUUCUGAAUAUUAUGAUCAAGUUGAAGCUUCAAAUCUUUCCCCUGAUAAUCUCGAUGGAAGCUCUUAUUAUUCGAAUGAACUCUGUUUCAAUACUCGAGAUGGUGAAGUUAUUGUCAUCGAACAAGAAGAUUUGUUAAAAGAGACUGGAGAUUAUGAUCAAGUUCACGAUUCAAAUCAUCCCACCCACAAUCUCGAUGAAGACAACGCCGUCGAACAAGAUGAUCCUUCGGAAGAAGUCGACGAUUAUUAUGAGUCUCUGUUAGAAGAGUUUGAAGAUGAUGAUGAAGAAGAUUACUACAAUCAUCAAUCUCAAACAGACUCUCCAUUGUUCGAAGGAGACUAUCGAUGCCUCCCUCUUUCUUCCUGCAACAAAACACAUCUAGAUCUGGGUAAUAAGAUAAUCAUGCCGGAGGAUUCUCUCAGUUCCAUCAUAGAAAAUCAAGUCCCCAUGCCUUUGCAAUUCGAGAUUCGUAACUUAUCUGCAGGGAAAGUUUCCCAUUGUGGGGUUUUCGAGUUCACCGGCCAUGGCGAUGAUGUCGUGCUCAUGCCGGAUUGGAUGAUGGAGAACAUGCAGAUAGAAGAGGGAGAUUACAUGUACAUGAAGAACAAGAUGCUGGAGAAGGCGACAUACAUCAAGCUUCAACCGCACAGCAAUGAAUUCCUGGAGAUCUCGAAUCCGAAAGCUGUGCUAGAAGAGAACCUGCAACAAUUCUCUUGCCUGACAAAGGACAUAGUGGAAACGAAGCCGGCCGAUGCUAUUAGCCUCAUUGAUACAGAUUGUGAAGUCGAUUUUGCUCCUCCUUUGGAUUACAAGGAGCCUGUAAAUCCUACUCCUAUGGAAUCUUCUUUGAACAAAGAGCAAGAGGAAGAAGAUACUGAGAAAUCCAAGUUCAAACCUUUCACUGGUUCCUUGCUCCACAAGCAACCACCACCUACCCAAUCUGAUGAAGAACCAACCAAGAACCCCAAGUCCGAACCUUUUACGUGUUUAGCAAGAAAAUUGAUUGAAGAAACUCAUUCAGACUUGGGUUCUUUGCCUAACAGGCAUAUGUCAGAUACUGCCCUGGAUCAAUCUGAUUUAAAGAAAGAAGAAGAGAAAGAAGCAACUGAUACACCCAAAUUCAAACCUUUCAUGGGUUUGGCUAGAAAAUUGGAUGAAGAAGCUGAAUCGGACCCAGAUCGUAGCUGCAGUCCUGACCGAAGAGAAAGGAGGCUGUGCACAAUGGCCGGUUGA